AUGUAUGGCCUGUUUAAGACUUUAUUGGAAGGUGAGGAGUGGAAGACAGCCCGUCAACGUGGUUCCUCUAUACAGCACAUCCUGCAGCCCAUGGACUUCAACCUGCAGCUGGCCAAAUGCAUGGUGGAGAAGGACACCAGGAUGGCUAGAUUCAAGGUGUCUGGAGAACUGCCUCUCCUCCAUGUGAAGAUCUCAGACCAGAAGAUCCAGGGAGUGUUGGACCUGGUCAACAGCAUCCCCCUGCCCCAGAGUGAUUCCACCCCUUCCACCCCCACCCAGAAGAUGCCGUGUUUGUCUGAGGCCAGGCCCAACGUCCUGGGUUUACAGACCCCAGUGCUGCUGGAUGCAAUAGAGACAGACUCAGAUGGUGAGUCGUAUUAUAUGUCUGUGGAUGAGGAACACCAACCCUCUGUCACAGAGGAGCUGACUGACCUGCACUUCAAGUUUGAAGUCAAAGCGUGGGAAUCGAACCCACAACUCUGGGGUUGCAAGCGCUAUGCUCUACAGGACCACAGGACCACAGGGUCACAGGACCACAGGGUCACAGGGUCACAGGACCACAGGACCACAGGGUCACAGGACCACAGGACCACAGGGUCACAGGACCACAGGGUCACAGGACCACAGGACCACAGGGUCACAGGACCACAGGGUCACAGGGUCACAGGACCACAGGGUCACAGGACCACAGGGUCACAGGGUCGCAGGACCACGGGGUCACAGGACCACGGGGUCGCAGGACCACUGGGUCACAGGGUCGCAGGACCACAGGACCACGGGGUCACAGGACCACGGGGUCACAGGACCACGGGGUCACAGGACCACGGGGUCACAGGACCACGGGGUCGCAGGACCACAGGACCACGUGGUCACAGGACCACGGGGUCACAGGACCACGGGGUCGCAGGACCACUGGGUCACAGGGUCGCAGGACCACAGGGUCGCAGGACCACAGGGUCGCAGGACUACAGGACCACGGGGUCACAGGACCACGGGGUCGCAGGACCACAGGGUCGCAGGACCACAGGACCACGGGGUCACAGGACCACGGGGUCGCAGGACCACUGGGUCACAGGGUCGCAGGACCACAGGGUCGCAGGACCACAGGGUCGCAGGACCACAGGACCACGGGGUCACAGGACCACGGGGUCGCAGGACCACUGGGUCGCAGGACCACUGGGUCACAGGGUCGCAGGACCACAGGGUCGCAGGACCACAGGACCACGGGGUCACAGGACCACGGGGUCACAGGACCACGGGGUCGCAGGACCACUGGGUCACAGGGUCGCAGGACCACUGGGUCACAGGGUCGCAGGACCACAGGACCACAGGGUCACAGGACCACAGGACCACAGGGUCACAGGGUCACAGGACCACAGGGUCACAGGGUCACAGGACCACAGGGUCACAGGACCACAGGACCACAGGACCACAGGACCACAGGGUCACAGGACCACGGGGUCACAGGACCACGGGGUCACAGGACCACAGGACCACGGGGUCACUGGACCACAGGGUCACUGGACCACUGGACCACAGGACCACUGUCUAAAGCGUUAUCAUGUUAUUGAGGUGUUGUUUGGUGACGUUCUCCAGGUGCUGUUGGAGUUGACGCGUCAGGCUGACCAGGAGAACACCCUGUUAGCCCUCAGCGUGUCUCAGCUGGGAGCAGAGGGCAAGAUGAGAACCUAUGACCUCACCAUCACAGCCUACCUCCGUAAAGUAGGACUGGACUACUGUGAGAUACGAGACUCCAAUAACCAGCCUCUGCACCUGAUCAGCUCCUCAGACAAGCACGGCUCUGACCUGCUCAAAGUGGAGUACACCAAAGCUGAUAUCAACGGGCCUAAUUUCCAGACCACGUUUGACAACACUGAGCAAAACCUGAAGGUGGAGUUGUCGUCUCUAGACUUUCUCCUCCACACCAAAGCGCUCCUCUCCACCAUCAACUAUCUGAACACAGCCGUACCCCAGGAUGACCAAAACAUCAGCCAGGAAACUAGUAUUAACUCUGUUCAAAUGUCGUUUCAUCGUUCUCGUCCUUCAGUGUCGAAAGGAGCAAAAUACGGCAAUGUGUUCAACUUCAAACUGUUUGCUAAGCUGGGGUCAUUCCGUGUGGAGGUCUGUGAUGACCGGAGGAACAUGGCUGACAUCAGGAUACAAGGUAUUGAUGGGUCAGUGUUGGUCCAAGCCAAAGAGACAGCGGUGUUCGCCAGGCUCAGGGACAUAGUGGUGCUGGAUGUUGACCCCAAAACCAUCCACAAAAAGGCCGUCUCCAUCGUGGGCGAGGAGGUGUUCAGCUUUCAGAUGUCCCUGUAUCCCAGCGCCACGGAGGGAGAGGGUUACUCAGACACCUCCAAGGUGGACGGGAAGGUUACCAUGAGGCUGGGCUGCAUCCAGAUCGUCUACCUGCACAAGUUCCUCAUGUCUCUACUGACGUUUCUGGACAACUUCCAGACGGCCAAAGAGGCGUUGAGUGUGGCCACGGCCCAGGCAGCAGAGAAGGCAGCCUCCAGCGUCAGGGACUUUGCCCAGAAGAGUUUCCGUCUCUCCAUGGACAUCAGGCUGAAGGCCCCUCUCAUCGUCAUCCCCCAGUCCUCCACCUCACACAAUGCGUUUGUGGUGGACUUGGGGCUCAUCACGGUGGGGAACAGUUUCAGUCUGAUUUCGGCUGAAGGGUUCCCGCUCCCCGCUGUGUUGGACACGAUGGAUGUUAAGCUCACUCAGCUCAAACUGUCCAGGACCACGCUGAAACAAGGCUCCCCACAGACAGACGUUGAGAUCCUUCAGCCAAUCAAUUUAGAGCUUCUGGUCAAACGGAACCUGGCCUCUUCCUGGUACAACAAGAUCCCUGGAGUAGAAGUUCAGGGAAUGCUCAAGUCUAUGAAUAUGGCUCUAGGUCAGGAGGACUUUGGUGUUCUGAUGAAGAUACUGGGGGAGAACAUCGGAGAGGGCAGCAAGGAGCACAUCAUGGAUGUCAAGAAACAAGUAGCCCAAGACAAGGCAGAGCAGGCUGAGCAGCACCAGCUGGAGGUGAAUGAGGUGGGGUGUCUACCUGUGGAGGCUGGAGGAGGACAGCCUGCCGCUGUCACCAAUGGAGGAGGACUGGGGGAAAACAUCGUCAAUAUGCUGCUCAACCUGGAGAUUAAGGAGGUGGUUCUGAAGCUGAAGAAGUCCAGGUCAGAUCAGAAGGAGAGUCCGUUCCUGGUUCUCCACGUAGCCCAGCUGGGCAUCCACACCAAUGUCAGGAAGUACGACAUGGUGGCCACAACGUACAUCAAGAAAAUCUCUAUGAAGUGCCUGGAGUUUUCAGAUUCCAACGAUGAACCACUGUGUCUGAUCAGUUCCUCUGUGGAGUCGGGUGCUGAUCUUCUCAAAGUGGAAUACUUCAAGGCUGACAGAAAUGGGCCAAACUUUGCCGCUGUUCACAAGAAUACUGAGCAGAUGAUCAAUGUGACCUUCACCUCCCUGGAUCUACUGCUUCACACGGAGGCUCUCCUCUCCACCAUAGACUUCCUGUCUUCAGCCCUGUCCUCCGGCAGCCUGCCCCCCUCACCAGAGGAGCCUAAGCAGAAGUCUGAGGAGAGCAGCAGGGCCAUCUCCGCCAAGUCAACGGCUCUAGGUUCUCCGUCGGACGGUGACGUCAUCGACCUGAAGGUGAUGAUGCAGCUGGGGGCGUUCAACGUCCUAGUGUGUGAUCAGAACUGCAGCAUGGCUGAUAUCAAGAUACAAGGUUUCAAUGGAUCCCUCCUGAUGCAAGGGCCUCAAACCCACAUCUCUGCCCGCCUUCGGGAUUUCAUCGUCAUUAAUGUCGAUCCAAAAAGUAUUCACAAAAAGGCCAUCUCUAUCGUAGGAGACGAGGUGUUUAGUUUCAGUACGAGUCUGACCCCCAAGGCUACAGAAGGAGCCGGCUACGCAGACACCUCCAAGACAGACGGGAACGUCCAGCUCAACGUGGGCUGCGUCCAAGUCGUCUACCUCCACAAGUUCGUCAUGUCUCUGCUGAAUUUCAGCAACAACUUCCAGACGGCCAAAGAGGCCUUGAGUGUGGCCACGGCCCAGGCAGCAGAGAAGGCAGCCUCCAGCAUCAGGGACUUUGCCCAGAAGAGUUUCCGUCUCUCCAUGGACAUCAGGCUGAAGGCCCCUCUCAUCAUCAUCCCCCAGUCCUCCACCUCGCACAAUGCACUGGAGGUGGAUCUGGGGCUCAUCACCGUGGGCAACAGCUUCUCUCUACUUGCUGUGGAGGGAUGUCCACUUCCUGCUGUCAUUGACCACAUGGACGUACAGCUCACACAGCUCAAACUGUCCAGGAUUUACAUGGAAAAAGACUCUCAGUCCAGUACUGAGCUGCUGCAGCCUGUCAACCUGCUCCUAACAGUGAAGAGGAACCUGGCUGCAGCAUGGUACCAGAAGAUGGCUGCCAUAGAGGUAGACGGAGACCUCAAGCCCAUGAAGGUUGCCCUGAGUCAGGACGACCUAACAGUCCUGUUGAGGAUCCUGAUGGAGAACAUUGGAGAAGCCAGCGGUCUUCAGCCAGACCAACACACCAGCCCCGACACGGCAGCCCUGAAACACAAGACUACGCUGAUGCUCAAAACAGACUACCCCAAAGAUGGUGUUGAGAACAUGGUUGAACUUCCAGAACAACCGGUAGAAGAGGAACCCCUGGAAACCAUGAAGUUUAUCUUCAACAUAGAGUCCCUGGGACUGGUCCUGUACAGCAAUGACCCUAAACAGGUGUCAGCAGUGUCUCAACACCAGGAGAGGCUGUGUCUGGGGGAGUUGACCCUUCACCUGAUGAAGGCUUCAGGGAAGAUGUUUAACAACGGAGCCAUGGAGGUCUCUACCAUCCUCACAGCCUGCACCCUGGACGACAUGAGGACGGGCGUACAGAGAGUCACCUCGCGGAUGCUGGGUAAGCGUGACGAGACGAGCGAGGAAGCCAUGAUAGACGUGACGUACACGCAGAGUGCCAGCGAGCGCCAGGUGGUGGCGGUGUUACAGAAGCUCUAUCUGUGUGCCAGCGUUGAGUUUCUCAUGGCAGUGGCAGACUUCUUCAUUCAGGCCCUGCCCCAGAGCUCUGCCCAGGACGUGCCCACUAACACCAUGCUAGCCCUGCCAGACCUGGCCAAGACCUCCCAGCUACCCCUCAAACAUGAUGGGAAUGUAUUUCCCAGGACCAAGCUGCGUGCUGUCAUACUAGACCCAGAGGUGGUGUUUGUGGCUAACCUGAUGAGUGCGGACGCUCCGGCCCUGGUGGCCUCCUUCCAAUGUGACUUCAGUCUGAAGCUAGAGCCUGGGGGACAAAGCAUGACGGCCAACCUCAGAGAGCUCAAAGUUCUGGCCUGUCCCUUCAUCAGGACCAAUGAGAACAAGGUGGUCACCACGGUGCUACGUCCGUGUUCUGUCUUCCUGGAAACCAAAACCCACCCCGACCAACCCCUUACCGGCUCUGUGACUGUGGAGGAAGUCAUUAUCAAAAUCUCCCCGGUCAUCCUGAACACAGUGAUGACCAUCACGGCAGCCAUGACUGCUAAACCUAAAGACAAGGCAGCGGAGGAGGAGAAGACUGAGGUCAGCGACCUGUGGUCCACCAUGAACAUCUACACCUGCAACUACUGGUUCCUGGGUGUGGACUCUGCCAGCGAGGUGACGGAGAGUUUCAGUGACCAGGACGGCCGUAACUUUGGGGAGAGUUUCAAGGUGGAUGUGAAGGUGAUUCAGGUGACCAUGGAGUCUGGUCUGGGCCACAGGACGGUCCCCCUGCUGCUGGCUGAGAGCUCUCUGUCUGGGACGGCCAAGAACUGGUCCUCCCUCCUCUACCUCUGCUCUGACAUGACCCUGGAGGUGAACUACUUCAAUGAGACCCAUGCUGUCUGGGAACCGCUGAUAGAGAGAGUGGAGGACGGCAAACGCAGGUGGAACCUCAAGCUAGAGAUGAAGAACAACCCUGUGCAGGAUAAGAGCCCUGUUCCCGGGGACGACUUCGUGGUUCUCCCCGAGCCGCGCACCGCCAUCAACAUCUGUUCCAGAGACACCAUGAACAUUACGGUCUCUAAGUGCUGCCUCAAUGUCUUCACCAACCUAGCCAAGGCAUUCUCUGAGGGCACAGCCUCUACCUUUGACCACAGUCUGAAGGAGAAGGCCCCCUUCACCAUCCGUAAUGCGCUGGGCAUCCCCCUCACCGUGCAGCACAGUGCCAACCUGCGGGUGGUGGCCUCCUCUGGGCAGGGCAAGCUCCACGAGGUGGGGGUAGGGCAGAGCGUGGACCUGGAGUACUCCGGGUUGGGAACCUCGGCGCGGGGAAAACUGUCUGCCUUGCAGCGCCAGGAGAGCUGCCUCUUCAACCUCAGCAUCGUUCCUACAGGUUACAGUGAGAUCUCCAACCUGGCGGUGGAUAAGCCUGGCAGGAGGCUGUAUAACGUGAGAGAUCCCGUGCUGCAGGAGAACGUGUCUGUAUUGCUACAGAUUGACGCCUCGGAAGGAAACAAGGUCAUCACUGUCCGCUCUCCGCUACAGAUCCAGAACCAUUUCUCAGUCCCGUUUGCCAUCCUGAAGUAUUGUCCCAAAUCCAGAGGGAUGGUUAAUAUAGGACUGGCAGAGCCCGAGAAAGAGUCUGAUGUAGCCCUGGACUCAUACAGGUGUCAGCUCUUCCUCCAGCCAGCCGGGCGCCUGGAGGGCCAGUACGGCCCGUCGUCUAGCUGUAUCGCCUGGAAGGAGCAGGUCCACCUGAGCUCUGAGGUGCGGUCCCUUCUCCAGUGUCCGUCGGCAGACAGCAGCUUCCUGCCCCUCCAGGUGACCACCUUGGCCACACCAGAUCACCUGUCCUUCAUUUCCUCCCAGCGAGAGGACGACUGGGACCCUGCCUACGUCAUCCACCUCCACCCCGCUGUGACCCUCCGGAACCUGCUACCUUACAGCAUCAGAUACCUACUGGAGGGCUCAGCAGAUUUCCAUGAGCUUCAGGAGGGCAGCACAGCAGACAUCCUGGACGCCCGUAUAGGAGGUGAGAUCAUGGAGAUGGUCCUGGUUAAAUACCAGGGUCGGAACUGGUCCGGCCGUAUCCGUAUCGCCCAGGACAUGCAGGAGUUCUUCCCUGUGUGUUUCACCUGCGACUCGGCGGAGAAGCUGACCGUGGACCUGAGCGUGCACGUGACGCGGCAGCGUGGACGUCUGGCGCUGGCGGUCUUUAGCCCCUACUGGGUCGUCAAUAAGACGUGCAGGGUUCUGCAGUACCGAGCAGAGGACGUCUACGUCAAACAUGCUUCGGACUUCAGGGACGUCGUCCUCUUCUCCUUCAGGAAGAAGAACAUCUUCAGCAAGAACAAGGUGCAGCUCUGUGUGUCCACCAGUUCCUGGUCUGAUGGCUUCUCAUUGGAUACGGUGGGGAGUUAUGGGUGUGUCAGAUGCCCUGCCAACACCAUGGACUAUCUGGUUGGCGUCAGCAUUCAGAUGAGUAGUUUCAACCUGACCAAGAUGGUGACCAUGAGUCCGUUCUUCACGCUGGUCAACAAGUCUUCCUACGAGCUGGAGGUGGGAGAGGUGCGGACUGAGGAGGGCAGCGUCAACGGGAAGUGGCACUACAUCUCCUCUACAGAGUGCCUCCCUCUCUGGCCAGAGUUGAUCACAGGGAAGCUGUGUGUCAGAGUAGUGGGCUCAGACUCCAAGUCCAAGUCCUUCUUCUUCAACAAGCAGGACAACGGCACCCUGCUGGGCAUGGACCAGGUCAGUUAUGGAGGUGUGAUAGUCGACGUGAACAUCUCAGACAACUCUACUGUGAUCAGCUUCACUGACUAUUAUGAUGGAGCUGCUCCAGCUCUCAUAGUCAACCACACACCCUGGGUUACCAUCACCUACAGACAGAGCGGUUCUACAGAGAGCAGAGCGCUGAAUCCGGGAGAGGCCCAGAGGUUCGCCUGGGACGACCCUGCAGGGGUCCGCAAACUCAGCUGGAAGUGUCAGGAGCACAGCAGUGGAGAACUGGGCCUGGUUAAGGAUGAGUGUGGUCAGUUUGCGUACGACGGUCUGUCCCAGAUCCACUGGGUGUCCUUCCUGGAUGGUCGCCAGCGAGUGCUGCUCUUCACCGAGGACGUUGCCGUGGUGACCAAGGCGCGGCAGGCGGAGGAGCUAGAGCAAUUCCAACAGGAAGUGAACGUGUCGCUGCAGAACCUUGGCCUGUCACUCAUCAACAACGACAACCGCCAGGAGAUCGCAUAUGUCGGCAUCACCAGUUCUGGUGUGGUGUGGGAGUUGAGACCUAAGAACCGCUGGAAGUCUUUCAACCAGAGGAACAUCGGGCUGUUGGAGAAGGCCUACCAGAAACACCUGGCUGGAGGCACACCUGAGCCCGGCUGGGUCAAACUGGAGACCAACUUAGAGGUGAACUUUGGGAAGGUUCCCAUGGUGAUGCGUCAGCCCUUUUCCAGUAAUAUCAGGAGGAACUUCCUGUCUGGGAUUCACGUGGAGUUUAAACAGUCACCUCAUCAGAGAAGUCUCCGGGCCCAGCUACACUGGCUACAGGUAGACAACCAGUUGACUGGAGCGAUAUUUCCCAUUGUAUUCCACCCUGUUCCUCCUCCGAAGUCCAUCGCUCUGGACUCAGAACCAAAGCCUUUUAUGGACGUCAGCAUCAUCACCAGGUUUAACCAACACAGUCAGGUCACGCAGUUCAAGUACUUCAUGGUACUGGUCCAGGAGAUGGCUGUGAAGAUUGACCAGGGAUUCCUGGGAGCCAUCUUGGCCCUGUUCACUCCAGCUGCUGAAUCACAUGUGGACAAACAGAAGACCAAGCUGAUAGAGAAGGACUUGGAGAUGUUACAGGCUGAAUUGAUGGAGGCGUCCAUGACAGACAACUCAGGCCUCAGCUUCUUUGAAUACUUUCACAUCUCCCCCAUCAAACUCCACCUCAGUCUGUCUCUGGGCUCUAGUGGAGACGAGUCUGGUCAACAGGAGAUGAUGACCAUCCAGUCAGUCAACCUUCUGUUGAAGAGUCUUGGAGCGACACUCACCGACGUAGACGACCUCAUCUUCAAACUUGCCUACUAUGAGGUGAACUACCAGUUUUACAGGACAGAGAAGCUGAUGUGGGCUGUGAUCAGACAUUACAGUGAGCAGUUCCUGAAACAGAUGUAUGUGUUGGUGCUGGGCCUGGACGUCCUGGGGAACCCGUUCGGCCUGAUCAGAGGCCUGUCUGAAGGAGUGGAGGCCUUCUUCUACGAGCCCUUCCAGGGAGCUGUUCAGGGACCCGAGGAGUUUGCUGAGGGCUUCGUGAUCGGAGUACGCAGUCUACUGGGUCACACCGUCGGUGGUGCUGCAGGCAUGGUGUCUCGUAUUACAGGGUCAGUGGGUAAAGGACUGGCUGCCAUCACCAUGGAUAAAGAGUACCAGCAAAAAAGACGAGAGGAGAUGAACAGACCACCUAAAGACUUUGGAGAGAGUCUGGCCAAGGGAGGCAUGGGAUUCUUUAAGGGGGUCGUUGGUGGGGUAACAGGCAUCGUCACCAAACCUGUAGAAGGGGCCAAGAAGGAGGGCGCGGCAGGGUUCUUCAAGGGCAUAGGGAAGGGUCUGGUGGGGGUGGUGGCCAGGCCGACAGGGGGCAUCGUAGACAUGGCCUCCAGCACCUUCCACGGCAUACAGAGGGUGGCAGAGUCGACAGAGGAAGUGACCAAGCUGAGGCCGGUCAGACUGAUCCGAGAGGACGGAAUCAUCAGACCUUACGACCAGGAGGACGCCAAGGGUUACGACCUAUUCCAGAGGUCAGAGAUCAAGCAGCUGGAAGGAGAGAUCUUCAGACAACACUGUUUGUACCCUGGACACAGGAAGACCAACGUUAUAGUGACCAACAGGAGAGUGAUGUGUGUGAAGGAGGUGGAUUUUGUGGGACACUUCAACAAAGAGUGGGAGUGUCUGUUUGAGCAUUUCUCCAGGCCUCCGUACGUGGAAGGAGGGGACCUGAUGAUCUACUGCAAGGAACAGAACAAGUUUACGUUCCAAAAGAGAGAUGGACAGGAACCUAUGAGAGUGCUGCACCUCAAGUACCCUGCAACCGCCCAGAAACUGUGUGAGGCCAUAGAGCAGGCGCAGUCGGCCCAGAGGCAGCAUCGGAUGGUGAAGCAAAAAUCACAGCGCUUUCUCAAACCGGGAGACAAGUGUUGAUGUCAUCACCGACCAGAACGAUGUCACCGCUGCCCAGAAUGAAGUCCUGAUUACCCAGAAUGAUGUCAUGGUUACCCAGCCUGACGUAAUCGCUACUCAGUAGGUCACCACCACCCAGAAUGUCACCACUGAUCAGCCGGUACACUGUUCCUGCUACAGUACUGCCCAGCCCAACACACUGCUACAGUACUGCCCAGCCCAACACACUGCUACAGUACUGCCCAGCCCAACACACCGCUACAGUACUGCCCAGCCCAACACACUGCUACAGUACUGCCCA